AGAGAGAGAGAGAGAGAGAGAGAGAGAAAGAGAGACAUUCAAACACACCCUCACAGACAGAGUCAAUGACCUGCUAGCAUACACCUGAUUCUCAGAGUACAGAGGGGCAAAGGAAAGUGGUGAAGAGGGGCUGAGAAAGAAAGAAAGAAAGAAAGAAAAAGAAAGAAAGAAAAAGGAGACCUUGAGAUUUUGAAACAAAUAGAAAAGCAUGUCGGCAAACGAUUUGAUCUCAGUUUGCAAUCAGUGAUAUGCAGAGUAUGACUUUGCAUAGCUAAACCUGCCGAUAACACACUCUCAGCGGUGGCUCAGUUAGCAAAGGAUUAAAGGGAUCUUUCAGAGGGGAGCUUGUACAAACAGGCUUCUGCACAAGGGGGUGGCUCAGUGGUUUGAGGACCAGGCUGCAGUGCAGAGAAGGACUUGGGUUCAAGUAAUUACCCCCCCCCCCCAAUGAAACUGGCUUUUUGUUACAGAGUUACAUGUAUUCCACGAUAAUUGCCAGGGGUAUUAUCACUGGUGCCCAUUUUCCCCUGUUUGAAAUGGUUUGGCUCUUUGCCUGCGGAACACAACAGAAGCAUCUUCUUCCUGGUUCCUUAUCACGUGCCGUGUUGUAGUUCCUGUGUCCCGGGGCGUCAAUCAAACAAGACCUACAUCAAAAGGUUCUUCACCUUUCUUUCGACCGUUUCCACGCCUAUUUUCCCAGGACACGCCCCGCAUGGUCAUGGCAGACUCGUCCUCCUCGCAGAGUUGGUGGAAGCUGACCUUCCUUCGCAGGAAGACAUCGCAGCCCAAAGUGCUGUACGAAAUCCCGGCGGACUACGGCAGUAACCACGGCAACAAGGACGCUGGCAGCAGCGCCGGCGACAGCCAGUUCAACGCGAGGCUGGAGAAGAUUGUUGACAAGUCGGCCACCAAGGGCCGGCACGUAAAGGUGUCGCAUUCCGGACGCUUCAAGGAGAAGAAAAAGGUCCGAGCUUCGCUGGCGGAAAACCCCAGUCUCUUCCCCGAAAACACGAACAGCGAAAACCACAACGAGGAGAAAUAGAACCGCCACGCUCCCAGACCGAAAGACGCACCAUGGCUCACACCUGACCUGCAGAUAGCAGUCAUAAUAAUAAUAAUAAUAAUAAUAACAGAAAAAAACAAGCCCCCCC